UUGUUGUAGCAAGCUUUUCUGCCAGACUUUCGCAGUAUCUGUUUAUUCCGAUCCUCUACUUACUGUAGCAAGGGCUUUGCUUUCUUCUUCGUCAGCGGUGUGCACUACUUUGUAGCUACCAGUAUAAUGAUAGUUGAGUAGAGGAACGCCGAGUUUGAGAGAUGAGAGUAGUGCUAACUAACUACAUUUACAUGCAGAUGAAAGCUUGGCCCGACCGUAUUUCUUGAUGCUGAAGGUUUUCAUUUUAUGGUAGAGAUUUUCAAUUAUUUGGAACAUGCUGUUCACGGAUCCUGGCCUCUGCGAAAUACAGUUAGAAUAUUAUGUAGCCUGUAGUUGUAGUAGCUAGAGUGCAACGUGUUCCCCGUAUCGCGAAGUCAGUGUACUUGAUACUUUGGCUGCACGCCCCCAUGCACUGGACUCUGACUGAACGCGUGAAUUCCUGAGGAGUGAGUGUUUCUGGAGUUACUCAUUCUCACCAGUGAAAUGGACAAUCAAAGAUCUCGACGCAGGCCAUCCCUGCUCUCUGAUAUGGAAAGGCACGGCCGUGGUCGGAGUAUGUGGCUGGGUGAACAGCCAGAUGGAGUCAGCCCGAAAAUACUCACUCAUCAGCAUCAGCUCCAACAGCAGCAGCAGCAGCAUCAUCAGCAUCACCAGGCACAGUCCCAGCAUCACAUAAAUCUGCAACACCAGGUAGUUGCUGCUACCAUGGCUGCGCAUCCCUAUACUGGCUUAGCACCAGUUGUGGCCAUGCCUCACGUGCAGACAGUAGCUGUUGCUACUUCACCUGCUCUUCCUACUAUACGCAGCGAACGUGGCUUGAUGGGUGCUAACCCUAUAGUUCAGGCCAUUGGUAAUAUCCAGACAGGUUUAGUCAUGCCUAAUAAGCAAGUAGCAGCUAUUGUAGCUGCUACUGGUGGCCAAAGUAUCCUGACAAGUACACCUGCACAUCAACCUGCUGCUGCUGCUGUCACCGGUGUUUUUCAGCAACAUCAACCAGCUUCUAAUUUGCAAAUGGCACACGAUACACAUGGCGUUCCUUUGGCUGCUGUUGGUAGACCAAGCACGGGACCCAAUGUCGUACAGUGGCCAGGCCAGCAUCAGCAGUCACAACUACAACAAUCAGUGCAACAGCCGCAGCAACAGCUACAGCAGCAAUCGCCAAGCAAGCCGCAGUUGAAUCACUACCGUGCUGCAAAUACCGCUAUGCUCUCCGCCACCAAUUUACUGUCGUCUGCUGAUACUGGUGGUAUCAGUGCGCCACCGACGAAGACAGUUUCGCAUAGCGUACCACGCACUGUUGGUAGUUCCAGCUGUGCUGUUUCUACUACAGCUGUUCAUCGGAAUCCUGAGAGAGUUGCCCAAGCUGCCACUGCCACUACUGCUACUGCACCUAUGCGUGUGGGUGAUGUGAGCACAUCCGGAGGUGCUUAUUCCUUAUUACCUACUCCUAUUGAUCAACAGCAGCUUGUCUAUAACAGUCAUGCGGCAUUGCCACAGUCUCACCGUGGUCAUUACGGCCAUGAACCUGCCACUCUUGCUGAUUCGGUACCACUACCUACUGUAGAGGCUGUAUCCCCGGCAUCAGGUGGUGAAGACGACUCUGAUAAUGAUAGUAUUGUUGAGCAUCAUCAUGCCAGCGGCGAUGGUGGUGCUGCACGGGUACGGCCAGCUAGUGUCAUGGGCACGGCCGCAGCAACAGGAGCGGCCGUGUCUCGUAAGGUCAACACACCAUCACCGCAGCAUCCCAUUCACAGCCGAGAUUACCUUAUGUCUGCUCUAGUCCAGCUGGAUGGAGAAAUACUCAAAUUUGAGCGAAAGAUGAGCAAACUCAAAGAACUCAAGAAAGGUGCAGAAAGUCGAGAGAACUCACAGCAAGACACUUGUACUAGCUCGGACCUCCAAGGGAAUUUCAUUGAUCGCAUCUACGCUGAAAAUAAGCGCAAGGCACAAGAAGCGCAUUCAACUCUUGGAGCAUUUUGUUUGAAUAUUGAGUCUGCGGGUCCUGGGGGACUGUACAAAGAGCCAUCGGACCUGGAAGUGUAUCAUGAAAUCUUGAACAACCGUCAUCGGGUUCAGCCAAAGCUAGUCAAGUACUUGCGUCUACAGCAUGAGGAACAGCGAUCAAAGGAUCUUGAACUCUGUGAACAAUACCAGGCUCUGACGCAAGCAUGGGGGAGGAAAAUUGAGACAUAUGAGAACAACAGUCGGAAACGGGCCAAGGAUGCUAAAUCACGGGAAGUAUUUGAGAAGCACUUUCCAGAUUUGAAGCGACAGCGUGAAAGAUCACAACGCAUCACACGCCUCGGUAGCCGUGGUACGUAUGGCGGUGCAGCACGUAGUGAGGCAGAACUCACGGAGAUUCUGGACUCUUUAGCUGAGAUGGAGGAGAUGGAGAAUCCUGAUCGUUGCCGUCAAGGUGCAGCUGUCAUACCACCCAUGGUUGGUCUUCAGGACAAGCACAGGAUACGGUUUGUGAACCGCAACAGUGUAAUUCAAGAUCCGAUUACAUUUGCCAAGGAAUGGCAGCAGCGUACUGUGUGGACUGACGAAGAGAAAGAGACUUUCAGGCAAAAGUAUGUCAUGUUUCCGAAAGUCUUCGACAAAAUUGCAAGCUUCCUCCCGGAGAAGAGUGUCAAGGAAUGUGUGCUCUACUACUAUCGAAGUAAGAAAUCUGAGAAGUACAAGCGCCUUGCACGCAAGUACUCCAAGCGUUUUCGCCAGCAGCAGCGUUUGCAGUCCCAUCAGCAAGAGCAAGAGAAGCAAUUGCAGUUGCUUGAGAAACAACGACAACAGCAGAAUGAAGAAAGGCAACGUCAGCAGGAGGCCAACACCAACGGCAAUGGUUCUGCUCCCUCGGCUACCGCUUCAAGCACUGCCAGCUCUGUUGCUAUAACCAACAAAUGGUCUGAUAAUGAAGUUCGCCUGCUAAAGGAUGGAAUCGUUGCCCAUGGCCAUGAAUGGGAGUUGGUUGCUAAAGUAGUGCAAUCGAGGGGUGCUGAAGACUGUAAGAUGUUUUACCACCGACAUGGUCGACAUUGUCAUCUACAGUAUGCAUUGCGUACACACCGUAACCGCCAGAAGCGUCAGGCAGCAGCAGCGCUAUUGGAAGCUGCAGCAGCAGCGGAGCAAACAGAAGGAGUGAGAGAAGAGACUGAUACCGGUGUUGUGGCUGGUGCUGGUAUUGGUGAGGACGAAACAGAGAAUGAAGAGAGCACAGAGGCAGAGAUGGAGAAUGAUGAUGAUGUUCUGCAACAAGGAGUGGUGUCAGCUGCUAUGCCUGCUCCAUAUGUUCAUAAUGGUCCUGAGCGUGUUGACGUACAUGCCGUUGAUUUGGUCCUUGCCGUUACUUCAGAAGUCGCAAACACCUGCAAUACGGAACUGCCAAGUUCUGAUCACGACUUCUCUAUGUAUGCUGUCUCGGUUGCCAGUACUACUACUGCUGCGUCUGCUACUGCUACUAUUGCUACUUCUGCUACUACCACUCCUGUCACUGCUACUUCCUCUGCUACUGCCUCGGCUGCUGUCUCUGUUGCUGUCACGGCUACUACAACUGCUGGCAGUGGCGGUGAUGAACUCAUGCAGACAGACGAUAGGGUUGCAGCGAUCGAUAGCACGGCGAUCUUAGCUGUUCCUACUGAGGUUGGUGGUAGUUCUGUGCGUCCACCUGCUGCUGAUGUGACACAUUUUGGUUCUGCUGAGAGCACUGAGCCAAGUGCUAUCAAUGGGAGUGAGCAUACAGCUGCAGCCUCCACUGCUGCCACUUGUGACAAUGCCAUACCAGUCGUUGUUGCCACUUUGGCCACUAAUCGUAAUGGUGGGAAGAGCGUGGAUGAAGAGCAUGUCUCUGCUGAGAAUAUCCUUGCAACUGCUCAAAUCCCACUAAUGAUUUCUCCCCUCAGUCCAGUACCAUCGCCUGUCACUGAAGCAAGAGCAGCACUUGGCACAACUCAACCUACCACUUCUAAAAUACAACAUCCUACACCUUACCCAUCAGAAAUGUUGGUCGAUUCACAUGCUACUGACUCCCAAGAGCCUAUGGAUACCAGCCCAGUACAGCAGAGAUGUGAGCUUUCUGAGAGCUGCUCUCCCUCUACGCUUUCUCUUGAACCAUCAAAACUAACGGGUGAUAUGUCAGGGUACGAGACGCCCGCCCCCAGCCAAGAGUCAUUGCACAGCCUGGAUCUGGUCGAGUCUGAUAGUAGAGAUAUUCAUACAAGCAGCUCAGUUCCCAACAGUCCAAGAUGCAAGCAAGUAGCUGAUUCAUACGUGCCAGUACCUGCUCAAGAAAUUGGAAAUGAAAAUGUUAGGCAGAUGGCAGAUGAAAACGAAGAAUCAUCUGCUAUACAUACCACCAAUCUCUACAGUCCUGUUUCCAGUCUUACAAUGGAUGAGGAUGAUGCAGCAUUUGAAUUUAUAUCAGAUGAAAAUGAUGGUGAUGAGGCAGUGAGGAGCAGCAGUAGCAGCAGCAGCAUAGAUCAGCCAAGGCCGUCAUCGUGUUCUUUCGAAACAAAAGGGCAGUUGGUGGAAGAUAACAGCAGUUCAGCAAUAUGCAGUACCUCAAAUACCCGAUGCUAUGCUGAUGCCGUGUCUCCUAUUUCGUCAAGUGAUACCCGUAGUGAUGAUAUGGCUGAUGAUGCUGAUACCCUGCCAGCUACUACUCAUACCGCAGAGCAACACGGCUACUGUACCACUCCAAGCCCUACUACACAUGUGACCAGUGAGAAGACACCACUGAAAUCACCCAGUCUUGUAUCAGUGGCACAGCUGACGUCUUCCAACUCCCAGUUACCACCUGUUGUUGGCUUUGGUCGAUUUUCACCAGUCUCACCCGUAUCGCCUGUAUUGUCUCUAGUCAGUGACGAUGGGUGUGCAUCAGGAGAGACUGCACUGGAGCAAGUUGCUGCUGCCUCCAUGCUUGAUAGGCCAGUGUCUGUGUCCGGACAGCCUUGUGCUUCCCCUCCUACCAUCAGCACAACUCCGCAUGACAGCAGCAUUGGCAAAGCUAACUCACCUGAAGCUGAUGUUAGUUUAACGGCUGCGAAUAACAGUGAUGGCAAUCAUGGUGAUGAUCCUCUGCUGCUGACUGCAAGCCCACUAAAUGGUAGUCACUCCAGUACUAGUAUAAUGGAAAUUGUAAGUGACUAUGCGCCUGCGUCUUCACCCACUGCCGAUGCGAGUGACACUGAUAGUGCUGAUUCCAUGGCAAGAACAGCGGAUACUGCUGCUGCUGCUGCUGAUGAUGAUGAUGAGCAAGAAGAUGUGUACAUACAUGUAACAUCACCCAAUGGCAGCAACACUGCACUGACAUUGGUCAAGCAAUCACAGCCUGAAGCCGUUGUGGGUAAUGUUUUACCAGGCCGCCGUUCAAGUACUUUGUCAGUAGAGUCAGACGUACGGUCAGGCAGUACUGACGUUUCCAACAUUUGCCAUGGUAUCACCCCUACCGUCCAGCAGAAGCACUUGCAGCUCCAGAUCUCGCCAGUAUCAUGUGAUGAAGCUGAUAACGGGUUUGAUGAAGCAACUGAGCUAUGUAGCAAGCACUGUACGGAUGUAGUUCCCCUUGAAACAACACACUCUGACCAUGCCAGUGUUGAGCGGAAAAGUUCACUUGCUUCUCUAUCACCGUGUGAUUCAAGCGAUGGAAUGCUUAUUGAACUGCAUGAUCCCACAUCACCAUCUGAACUGGACUUAUCCUGACUGCUGGACACUGGGAAACUGUAUGAACAAUUUUCCUUUUUUUAUCCUGGGCAGAGUUUCCAUGAAAUACCUUCUUCUUCUAUAUUAUUUUAUAAUUUUCUUUCUUGAGAGCUUGCUUAUAAGCCUGGUGAUUGUUCAGAGCCAUGGGGAUGGAUGAUGCAGAAGGUGCUGCUGUGUAUUAGUAUGCAACUUUCUCUUGUACUAAGUUAGUUACAGGCUAUGAGACUGCAGCAUGGUGUGCGCUGUACCAGCCAAUAGUACAUCAUGAUAAUCGAAUAGUACACAUGAAUACCGUUGACUACUUUUGUAUCCAUUUGCUUGUUACGGUUUAGUUACGUCGUAGACCCCUGCCCCAAUGCUCUUGUUGCAUCUUGUGCAAGCUGGUUUUGCAUAUUCCUUUCCCUUUAGCCCUACUUGCGCUGUACCAGCCAAUAGUACAUCAUGAUAAUCGAAUAGUACACAUGAAUACCGUUGACUACUAUUGUAUCCAUUUGCUUGUUACGGUUUAGUUACGUUGUAGACCUCUGCCCCAAUGCUCUUGUUGCAUGUUGUGCAAGCUGGUUUUGCAUAUUCCUUUCCCUUUAGCCCUACUUGCUGAUAGGCUGUAUCUCCUCCUGAGAUAGAUACCCAGGGUCUAGCCUAUGGA